AUGUCCGAAUACAUCGGGUCGCGUAUAUCGCUCAUAUCAAAGAGUGACAUCCGAUAUGUCGGCACUCUCCAUGAAAUCAGUUCCGCGGAAUCGACCGUGGCAUUAGAGAAUGUCACUUCGUACGGCACAGAAGGAAGGCGCGGCAACCCAGAGGAGGAGAUUCCGCCGUCAGAUAACGUCUACGAGUACAUCGUAUUCCGAGGCAGCGACGUCAAGAACCUCAACAUCGAGGAGCCAGCGCCGAAGGAGAACAAGCCCCCUCAACCGCCAGUGCCUAAUGACCCGGCCAUUCUUGGAGCUCAGCGUCCACCUCACCAAGCUGCGCCAGGACCUGGUCAGCCCCCGCGCCCGCCGCAGCAUCCAAAUUUCGGUCAACCAUCACCAUACCCCCCAUACGGCCCUUAUCCGCCUUUUGCCGGACGAGGCUAUGGCCCACAGCCAGGCUUUCCAAGUGGUCCUGGAAACUAUGGAUAUGGCAUGCCGUAUGGAGCACCACCGGGAUGGUACCCUCCGCCUCCCCCGGGUCACGGUAUGCCCGGCCAAGGCAUGCCUAAUCAACCCUUUCCCGGCAGACCAGGUCCAUUUCCUCCGCAACCUCAGGGUCCCAUCGGUCCUCCGGGCCCGCACCAACCACAGCAGCCAUCUCCUGCGCUAAACGACUUGCAAGUGAACAAAGACACGCAGCCAAACAUCAUAUCAGAAACUCCAGAGCCGGAGGCCGCACCGAAGCCAGUAGAGACUCAAGCGUCGAGCCAGCCUGUUGCUCCCGCCCCGAUCGCCCAGCCAAAGCAAGCACCACCCCCACCAGUCGAGUCAAAACCAGAUGUAGCCGCAGCGCUCGCGCCUCCACCAGCUCCCGUACCAGCACCUACCACCGCUCCCGCUCCCAUCCCAGGCAUCUUACCUACCGCUGGCGCCAAACCAACUCCAACAGGCCCGAAAAGCAACCGCGUCAUCCCCGCUGUACCGCUGUCCGGCGCUGGCAGCAAAGCCGCCGCACCUCCCAAGGCCGGCGCUACGCAGCAACAACCCACUCCUAGCGCACCGGCUGCUGCGCAAGCACAACCAAACCCGAUUCCUCCCGCUGGUACCGCCGUGAAGGCCGCUCAGCAAGCCGCACAGCUACAAUCACAAACGGCAGCCCAGCAAGCCGCGGCCGCCGUCGCCGCCGCAAUGGCCAAGCUCGGCCCAGCGCCCGGCCAACCGAAAUCUCAAGCACAAUCCAAGCAAGAAGGCGACGCCGCGCUACAAAACCUGACGAACAAAGUCAAUGAAAUGCGCAUGGACGACCGUAUCAGACAUAGCAGACAGCAAGGCACUGGUGGCUACGCGGCCGGCCACCGCGGCGCCGGCAGGGGUCGUGGGCGUGGCCGAGGUGAUCACCCUCAAGGCCAGCCACGCAGGGAGAGCCAGUCAAAAGUCGAAGUCCCCGCCACGGAUUACGACUUCGAAUCCGCGAACGCGAAGUUUAACAAGCAGGAUCUCGUCAAGGAAGCUAUUGCUACGGGCUCGCCCCUAGGCACGCCGGCGGACGAGGACGUCCGGUCGCCUAUCAGCGGGCAUCCGGAGUCGAUGAACGGCACCGGAGCUCCUGCAGCCGCGAACGGUACAGGCCCGGCGUCUGAGGACGUGGUUGUCCCGCCCCCGGCGCAUGGAUACAACAAGGCGACGUCUUUCUUCGACAACAUCUCUUCUGAGAUCAGGGACCGUGAGGACGCUGCGAGCCAGAACAGGAGGCUCGGUGGGCAGGAGUUCAGGACCGAAGAGCGCAGGAAGAACCUCGAGACUUUCGGACAGGGUAGUGUUGAUGGUAUGGGUGGCUAUCGGGGUGGCUUCAGGGGCAGAGGCCGUGGGAGGGGCUUUGGGAGGGGACGUGGUGGGUAUGGGAGGGGCGGGGGCGCAUUUAGGGGCCGGGGUGAAUCCGGCCAGGAGGCGGGUGAGGCCUGA